AUGGGAUUAAGUGAAGUAUCAGAGUUAUGCUAUAAGAUAACAGAAUCAUAUCUGAAGUUGAAUCACGAGACAAGUAUCAUAAUAGAAACUCAAAACGCAAUUAGGUUGACUAGACACUAUCUGUUAGAUGAUAUAUUUACACGGUGGAGCCCUAUUAAUGGUGAAAUAUCCUUUUCUUAUAAUGGUGGCAAAGACUGCCAGGUUUUGCUAUUACUAUAUUUAAGUUGCUUGUGGGAAUUUUUCAUUGUCAAUGCUAAGAGAUCUCAGUUCGAGGCAAAAUAUCAAAAAUUUCCAAUGGAGCAACUACCAACAGUUUUUAUUGAUCAAGAUGAAACAUUUACCACUCUAGAAAACUUUAUCUUGGAAACAUCGAAAAGAUACAAUUUGUCGUUAUAUGAAUCAAAAAAAGAGGUCGGUAGAAAUCAGAGUAUGGCUGAUGCAUUCCGUGAUUUUUUGAAGAUAUACCCGGAGACCAAAGCGAUUGCUAUUGGUGUUAGAAGCACCGAUCCGUAUGGAGAACUCUUGAAACCUAUACAAAAGACGGAUUCUAAUUGGCCUAAUUUUACGAGGCUUCAACCCUUAUUACAUUGGAAGUUAGCUAAUAUAUGGAGUUUUCUCCUUUUUUCUAAUGAACCAAUUUGUGCGUUGUAUGUGCAUGGAUUUACAUCAAUCGGUGGUAUAAAGAAUACAAUACCGAAUCCAUAUUUGGCUGUUCAAAAUAAAGAAAAUAAAGAAAAUAAGGCCCCAAAAUUGUAUUUUGAAUGGGAGAUAAAGAACUCUUUCAAUAACGGAGAAAGUCCAACUAAUAAACGGAUAGGUACCAGUGUUUCGUAUCUCGAUAAGGCUGACGAGAAAAUUUCGAUUGGAUUAGGUCAAACGAAAUUUUUUCCUGGAUGGUAUUUAAUAGAUGAUGCAUUGGAGAGAGCUGGUAGGCUUAAAAAGUAA